AUGUCUCUGUGGAAGAGUGACUCUAUCCUUGCUAUACAUGCCGGUUUUGUUUCGAUGGCCAUUGCCCUCGAUCUGGUAGCAUCGCUGUUUUCGUCAGCAAAACUGCGCCCAGUCGAUACACGUCGCACUCCUGGAUGCGUUCCUCAUAGCCGUGUGGUUACUGUUGGGUCCCGUGUUCGUGUAAAGGGACUUGCCAGUGCACGGCAAUACAACGGACUUGUGGGGGUUGUGAGGUCCAAGUAUGGGAAGAGAUUUGCUGUGGAGGUUUGGGGUUUCCCAGAAGAUUUAAUGCUCAAGUCCAAAAACUUAGAGGUGAUCGGAUGCAGUUUGCUAUCGAUAGAAUCGAAGAAAUCGCAGCAAACAGAACAAGGCAAAGCCGACCUUGAAGAGAACAUCACUGCUUUAGCUUCAAACCAAACGGUUGAAAAAGGUUAUGAUGACGAAACCAUAUCUGUAGACAACCAACCUCAUCAAGCUUACCAGAAGAAAGUUAAAGAAGGGCCUUUACAACCUGCUGAAAGCGAACAGCUACCGAAGGCAUCAAAGAGGAAGACAUUCGAGAACUACCUCGAAAAAUUUACAGGUUUCAAACAAAAAACCUCGACUAGAUUGGCAGAUAGCGUUGCUCCAGCAGCUCAUCAUCAGGGCUGGCUCUACAGCCGUGAGCCCGCUCUCCUCGCCCUCUGGCAUAAGCGUUGGUGCGUCGUCCGCCAGGGCCAGCUCGACCUCUACGAGGACGACAGCAUGCAGAAGCUGGUCAUGACGGUACCGCUGUCGCAGUGCCGGAUCGAGAAGACGCGGGUGAUGGACGGGCGGCUACAGCAGGGGUGCGACUUCGAGUACGGGAUCCGGGUGGUACUAGGGAAGGGGAUCCUGAUGGAGCUUGGGGCACAGGAGCGGCUUCUGGCGGCGGGACAGGGAGUUUUAGUGCACAGCACAUCUGAGAGGGCCUCUGAUAAAAUGCAGUCUAUGAAGGAUGCGCAAGGUAGCGAUGGUCAGGGGAUGAGUUCACAAGUUGCGAGAUUUGGUGUCCAGCUGGGAAAGAGUGUCGAAACAUUGUUUUCUUCGGAUCCAUCCACGUGGUUCGGAGGCGUGAAGGAUAUGAUGCAAGAAGUGCAAUCCAAGGCAUCGAUUGUUUUCGAGCGGUUGAAGAACAGCAGCGAUUGGAUAAGUGAUGAUGACGAGGAUGACGGCAAUGGUCUAGUCCGUGACAGCGUGAACGCUCAAAGUCCCUCAGUUGCUCAAUCUGUUGCGAGUCAGUCUGUGACGGAAUCUUAUUUCACUAAUGACCGAAUGGGUCAUCAAACAUUACAGGACUCUCUUUUUCAUGAGGAGGCGCUCAAUGAGUCCGCCGCCGCUCCAAGUGGCAAUUUCAAAGGGCAUGAAGAUCAUCUCCGCACAACUGCAGCAAGUGAAAGUGUUUUGAAAGAGAUUGAAGCAAUUCAAAAUGAAUUAGCCGAAACUGCACAGAAGAAGGAGGAUGCAGUCAAAAACGAGGAUUAUCAAUUAGCUUCAGUGUUGAAGUCAAAAAUUGAUGGGCUCAAAUCUAAAAUUCACCAACUUCAACAGGGUCUAGCACCGGUGAUAUCAAUAGGAAAAGACCAAAUCGCAGCCCUUGGCCCCAAUGACGUUUCUCAACCGAUGCAGAAGCAACACCUGAAACCAGUCGAACCAUACGUCAAAGGUGGAUGGCUCUACAGCCGUGAGCCCGCUCUCCUCGCCCUCUGGCAUAAGCGUUGGUGCGUCGUCCGCCAAGGCCAGCUCGACCUCUACGAGGACGACAGCAUGCAGAAGCUGGUCAUGACGGUACCGCUGUCGCAGUGCCGGAUCGAGAAGACGCGGGUGAUGGACGGGCGGCUACAGCAGGGGUGCGACUUCGAGUACGGGAUCCGGGUGGUACUAGGGAAGGGGAUCCUGAUGGAGCUUGGGGCACAGGAGCGGCUUCUGGCGGCGGGGCAGGGGGCUCUAGAAGUCGGGGGGCGGCCGGAGGCCUCGGGACAGGGGACGGCGGGGAGGAACGAGACCGGGGAAGGGCUAGGGGGGCGUCUGGCGAAGUGGGGGGUAGUCAUUGGAAAGCACUUUGAAUCGCUCCUUACGGCAGAUCCUCAGGACACGAUCAAGAAGGUCAAGGAGGAGGCGGGGAAGCACGUGGGAGGGGUACUAGGGAAGCUGGACGACUUGAUCAGCGACGAAGAUGAAGCAAACGAAUUUCCUCAUACCGAUGCAACAAUAUCGGAUCAUAGAGAACAUUCCUUGGAGGCUCCUCCUUCUCAGCCAUCCAUUACGAUUGACCCAAGCAUACACCUCAGAUAUCCACCAGUGCGCCAGGGCUGGCUCUACAGCCGUGAGCCCGCUCUCCUCGCCCUCUGGCAUAAGCGUUGGUGCGUCGUCCGCCAGGGCCAGCUCGACCUCUACGAGGACGACAGCAUGCAGAAGCUGGUCAUGACGGUACCGCUGUCGCAGUGCCGGAUCGAGAAGACGCGGGUGAUGGACGGGCGGCGAAGCACGUGUCCUAGAUGCAUGCUCACCUCGAUGCACGCUGUCUUCACACAGGAAGGAAAUAUGGCUGAUGGAGCUUGGGGCACAGGAGCGGCUUCUGGCGGCGGGGUCAGAGGAGGAGCGGGAGGGGUGGGGGGCGGCGUUGAUGUCUUGCAGGCAGGGGGCUCUAGAAGUCGGGGGCGACCGGAGGCCUCGGGACAGAGGGCGGCGGGGAGGAACGAGACCGGGGAAGGGCUAGGCGGCCGUCCGGCGAAGUGGGGGGUAGCGAUCGGGAAGGGGGUAGAGUCAGUGCUCUCAGCAGAUCCUCAGGACACGAUCAAGAAGGUCAAGGAGGAGGCGGGGAAGCACGUGGGAGGGGUACUGGGGAAGCUGGACGACUUGAUCAGCGACGAAGAAUCAGAGCAAGCAAGACCUGUAGGGUAUGACGGGAGUGCAGGAGAUGGUGAAAUCAGCAUCGCUGCAGGCGCCAUGUUGCCUCCUCCUCCUCCUCCUUUACCUCCGCUCGAUGCAGACCAGAUGAAGGGGGUAGGCAGUGCAUCUACGCCGAUCCCUGUUGCCAAGCUCCCGAACUACGGUCCGACGUACCUGUCCCCAACAACAAGCGCGACAGAGAAGGCUCAGAGCACCACGACGGAAGAGCAGGCAUUGAAGAAAGUGCCGUUUCGCAGUGUGCAUGUCUUACCACGGGAGAGUGUGGUAGAGGAGCAGAUCGUGAAGUAUCCACGGAUGCCCAUGUAUGGAGCCGAGUAUCUUUCGCCGUCGAAUCCGCAGUCGUCGACGAUGCCAUCGCAGCCGAUGACGCCGACGCUCUCGGCGUAUGUACCCCCUAUGAUUUCUUCUUUACGACCAGUCGUGGAACCUGUGAUGCACGAAGAAAAACUGUCUCAGACCUCCCUUGACAUCAAGAGUGCUACAGAGUCCUUCACGCUUGACUGGGACAAGUGCAUGACCGAUGCGAUUGGAUCGUGGGGAGUUUUUGCCGGACACGAAGAGACCAUUAUUGAUCAGGAAUUUCAGUACUCAACGAGACAAGAGUACGCAACAAAUGAAGCUCAAGCACCAAAGGAAAACAAGCCGCUUCCUCCACCAGUGCGCCAGGGCUGGCUCUACAGCCGUGAGCCCGCUCUCCUCGCCCUCUGGCACAAGCGUUGGUGCGUCGUCCGCCAAGGCCAGCUCGACCUCUACGAGGACGACAGCAUGCAGAAGCUGGUCAUGACGGUACCGCUGUCGCAGUGCCGGAUCGAGAAGACGCGGGUGAUGGACGGGCGGCUACAGCAGGGGUGCGACUUCGAGUACGGGAUCCGGGUGGUACUAGGGAAGGGGAUCCUGAUGGAGCUUGGGGCACAGGAGCGGCUUCUGGCGGCGGGGUCAGAGGAGGAGCGGGAGGGGUGGGGGGCGGCGUUGAUGUCUUGCAGGCAGGGGGCUCUAGAAGUCGGGGGGCGACCGGAGGCCUCGGGACAGAGGGCGGCGGGGAGGAACGAGACCGGGGAAGGGCUAGGGGGGCGUCUGGCGAAGUGGGGGGUAGCGAUCGGGAAGGGGGUAGAGUCAGUGCUCUCAGCAGAUCCUCAGGACACGAUCAAGAAGGUCAAGGAGGAGGCGGGGAAGCACGUGGGAGGGGUACUGGGGAAGCUGGACGACUUGAUCAGCGACGAAGAAUCAGAGCAAGCAAGACCUGUAGGGUAUGACGGGAGUGCAGGAGAUGGUGAAAUCAGCAUCGCUGCAGGCGCCAUGUUGCCUCCUCCUCCUCCUCCUCCUCCUUUUCCUCCGCUCGAUGCAGACCAGAUGAAGGGAGUAGGCAGUGCAUCUACGCCGAUCCCUGUUGCCAAGCUCCCGAACUACGGUCCGACGUACCUGUCCCCAACAACAAGCGCGACAGAGAAGGCUCAGAGCACCACGACGGAAGAGCAGGCAUUGAAGAAAGUGCCGUUUCGCAGUGUGCAUGUCUUACCACGGGAGAGUGUGGUAGAGGAGCAGAUCGUGAAGUAUCCACGGAUGCCCAUGUAUGGAGCCGAGUAUCUUUCGCCGUCGAAUCCGCAGUCGUCGACGAUGCCAUCGCAGCCGAUGACGCCGACGCUCUCGGCGUAUGUACCCCCUAUGGUGGAAUCUCUAACACAGCAACAGACUAAGGUCAAGGAACCUUACACGUUUCCUCUGACGUUGAACAGAACGCUGGUGUACACCAAUCAGAUCCUUGAAUACGGAAAGGCCCUGUGGAAAUAUGAAAUCGAAAUGAAUGCUGGAAAAACUCAAGACAAUAUGAUUCCAGCUCCUUCCCCCCCUCCACCAGUACGCCAGGGCUGGCUCUACAGCCGUGAGCCCGCUCUCCUCGCCCUCUGGCACAAGCGUUGGUGCGUCGUCCGCCAGGGCCAGCUCGACCUCUACGAGGACGACAGCAUGCAGAAGCUGGUCAUGACGGUACCGCUGUCGCAGUGCCGGAUCGAGAAGACGCGGGUGAUGGACGGGCGGCUACAGCAGGGGUGCGACUUCGAGUACGGGAUCCGGGUGGGGGCUCUAGAAGUCGGGGGGCGACCGGAGGCCUCGGGACAGAGGGCGGCGGGGAGGAACGAGACCGGGGAAGGGCUAAGGGGGCGUCUGGCGAAGUGGGGGGUAGCGAUCGGGAAGGGGGUAGAGUCAGUGCUCUCAGCAGAUCCUCAGGACACGAUCAAGAAGGUCAAGGAGGAGGCGGGGAAGCACGUGGGAGGGGUACUGGGGAAGCUGGACGACUUGAUCAGCGACGAAGAUGAAGUUGCUGCUUAUGACUCUGCUACGCUCGGAUCUGCAGGAGAAAUGAUUCUUGGAGUGGGUGAUUUGAUGUUGCCUCCUGCAAGUGUGUCAGGUGGAUCUUUUGUUUUCAAACCAUCAGUGUUGGAUGCUGUCAGGGAAACGGGAACGCCGGCUCAGACAUCAUUGACGUUAACAACUCCAGAUACCCGACACGAUGAAGGAUAUCUGCAACCAAAGAAGUCGCACGUGCCUGAAUGGAAGGAGCCUCAACCUGCCACGAGUACAGCAGAUCCGAACAUGCAAUUGCACCUGACAAUCGCGAGCAAUGCACAGACCAAUCCACCAGUACGCCAGGGCUGGCUCUACAGCCGUGAGCCCGCUCUCCUCGCCCUCUGGCAUAAGCGUUGGUGCGUCGUCCGCCAGGGCCAGCUCGACCUCUACGAGGACGACAGCAUGCAGAAGCUGGUCAUGACGGUACCGCUGUCGCAGUGCCGGAUCGAGAAGACGCGGGUGAUGGACGGGCGGCUACAGCAGGGGUGCGACUUCGAGUACGGGAUCCGGGUGGUACUAGGGAAGGGGAUCCUGAUGGAGCUUGGGGCACAGGAGCGGCUUCUGGCGGCGGGGUCAGAGGAGGAGCGGGAGGGGUGGGGGGCGGCGUUGAUGUCUUGCAGGCAGGGGGCUCUAGAAGUCGGGGGGCGGCCGGAGGCCUCGGGACAGGGGACGGCGGGGAGGAACGAGACCGGGGAAGGGCUAGGGGGGCGUCUGGCGAAGUGGGGGGUAGCGAUCGGGAAGGGGGUAGAGUCAGUGCUCUCAGCGGAUGUUGCACAAGGAGAAGCUAGUGAAGACUUAGGAUCGAGAGAUAAGUUGGGUGAUAUUGCCCCGACAGGAUCGAAGCUUCAGACGUUCUUCAGUCCCCAUGAUGUUGUGUUGGAAGUCGGGGAGAUGGAGCUCGGGUGGACGUCACCAGCUACAGCUCUCGCGAGACCCCCGACUUCUUCAGUGCCAUCGCAACCUACAGACAAAGUUUCAGAUCCAGCCCCUAAGGAAAUCAAACAAGCCAUUACCCCUGGUUUUCAUGAUGCUGCUCCUGUUUUGCCAAACCAGGUCACAAUCACCGCUCCCCCUUCACCUCCACCAGUGCGCCAGGGCUGGCUCUACAGCCGUGAGCCCGCUCUCCUCGCCCUCUGGCAUAAGCGUUGGUGCGUCGUCCGCCAAGGCCAGCUCGACCUCUACGAGGACGACAGCAUGCAGAAGCUGGUCAUGACGGUACCGCUGUCGCAGUGCCGGAUCGAGAAGACGCGGGUGAUGGACGGGCGGCUACAGCAGGGGUGCGACUUCGAGUACGGGAUCCGGGUGGUACUAGGGAAGGGGAUCCUGAUGGAGCUUGGGGCACAGGAGCGGCUUCUGGCGGCGGGGUCAGAGGAGGAGCGGGAGGGGUGGGGGGCGGCGUUGAUGUCUUGCAGGCAGGGGGUGCUGUUUGGUUCAUCCUCUCAUGCUGGAGGUCGAAACACUGACUCCUCAAAUCAGCUGCAGAAUGCCCGUGCAGAACAGGGAGGAGAGCCAGUGUUGGAUAUUGGUAGGAGAAUCGCUGCUGUUGGUGUCGGGUUGGGGAAGAGCGUUGAGAAGCUGAUAUCUUCUGAUUACACCCCGAUCGUCUCAGGAAUUUGA